UAAAGCUAAAGAGCUAACACGAGUAUUGCACGAUUUCAAAACAUUGUCGCAACAUUUUUACUCAAGAAAGCAGUUUUAUACUAGGUAGUAAAUAAUUUAUUAGAGACAAAUGGCGUCAAAAAUGAGAUGCCAUUAUGAAGUACUAGGAGUAGAGAGGACAGCUUCAAAUGACGAUUUAAAGAAAGCGUACCGCAAGCUCGCAUUGAAGUUUCAUCCAGAUAAAAAUCUAGAAAAUGUGGAAGAGGCUACAGCUCAGUUUCGAUUAGUCCAGCAAGCUUAUGAAAUUCUUACUGACCCCCAGGAACGUGCUUGGUAUGAUAAGCAUAGGGAGGCUAUCUUGCGAGGAGGUCAAGGCCAGGGAGACAAAUAUGAAGACAACAGCCUGAACUUGUUCCAGUAUUUCACCUCAUCCUGUUAUUCUGGAUAUGGUGAUGAUGACAAAGGAUUUUAUGCAGUGUAUAGGGAUGUGUUUAAAACACUAGCAGAAGAGGAUUAUGUCUUCAUGGAUGAUAAGGACAGUGACAAUGAAUUUCCUACAUUUGGUGAUUCUCAAAGUGAUUAUGAGGAGGUGGUAAGGCCUUUUUACGAUUUCUGGCAUGCAUUCUGCACAACCAAGUCAUAUGUUUGGGUGGAGAAAUAUGACACCCGAGAAGCACCUGACCGACGCUGUCGGCGUUUGAUGGAGGCUGAAAACAAGAAGUUACGGGAUGCUAAGAAGGAACGAAAUGAAGAAAUUCGGGCUCUUGUGGCUUUUGUUCGAAAGAGAGACAAGCGAGUGCAAGAAUAUAAGCGCAAGCUGGAGGAGAGAGCAGCUGAGAUCGAUAAGAAAACAAAAGAAAGGAGAGAGAAAGAGAUAAAGGAAAGAGUAAGACGACAGGAAGAAUAUCAAGAGACAGGUUGGUCAGCCAUGUCUGGUCUUGAGACGGACCUUCAGCAGCUGGAGGCCCAUCUGGCUGACCAGUUUGGGGACCAUAGUCACAGUGAUAACGGCAGCGAUGAGGAGGAUGACGAUAAUACUGCAAAUGUUUCAGGAGUUGGUGAAGAUCUGGAGGAAGAUUGGGAUGAAUUCUAUUGUUUGGCCUGUGGCAAGGCUUUCAAGAGUGAAAAUGCAAUCUCUAACCACAAAAAGUCUAAAAAACAUGCUGAAAUGGUGGCCUUAGCAAGAGCAAGCCUAGGGGAAGACAUUGAAAAUGUGGAACAAGACAUACCAGACAUGAAUGGCAAGCCAUUUGAGGAAAAUGCAAAAACAGUGGAGAAACAAAGUGACAUGAAGGAGGAAGAUUUGCAAGAUGCAGAGGCAGUUUCUGCAGAAGAGGAAGAACAAAGCAACAAAUCAAGGCUUUCAAAGAAACAAAAGAAAAAGAGACGCCAAAAAGCACAGGAUUUCUACCCAAAACAUGUAGCACCCUCAAGAAGAGAAGAUAAAGCAGGGCAUGAAAAAGAACCAAAAUCCAAGAAAAACAAAAAGAAAGAGAAGAAAAGUGAUGCUGGUGCUGGAAGGGAGGAAAACACUGAAUUCAGUUCAUUAGCCGCCAGUCCCAGCACUGCUGCACAGGAAUCAGGUGCAACAAACAAUGCAGAAGCUGUCCCUUGCAACACAGAACAUGCCACUGAGGCAGCUACGCUGAUGGAAUGUGAACAAACAAAGACUGUUACGGAGGAGACGGCAACAAAAACUGAUAAAGCUGAACAUUCCAAGGGGAAAAUUGUUAAGUCAGCAAAGGUGAAAGAAUCUUUAGUAUGUGCUAUAUGUCAUCAAGUCUUCCCUUCUCGCAACAAACUGUUUGAACACAUUAAAACAACGGGGCACGCUGUGCCUCUUGCCACAUCGCAGAACACACAGGACUCUCUCACAGAGAAUGGUGGCAAAAAGAACAAGCGGAAAGGCAGGAGAUGAUGAUUUUCAUCAUAGAGGAAUUUUAUUGUGAAUGAUUUCAUGUUGAUAUCAUGAUUGUUAAAAAGAAUAAAACAUUUAAUCUUUUCUGAUAGAAAAGUUUGAAAUGAGUUUAUUCUACUAGUGGCUUUUAUGCAUUUGAUGUGGUUUUUAAAUAAACUAAAUGACACAGCAGCAUUCAAAUGUUGCAUGAAAAAUUAAAUUGUGUAUAUACUGCACUACUAUGACAUAUUGCUCAUCAGUAUGCAUAACCAUGCCCUCUGUUGUUGUUAUUUUUUUAAUCUUCACCGAUAUGCUACUCUUUUAAAAAACAAUCCUUAAUUUUUCAGUGGCUCUAUACACCACAAAGUAAAAUCAGCCAUGAAAACCAAUAAAAAGUAAACUGACUUCUGCUGAUGGGAACAAAUUUGCAUUGUGGCUGUCUUCUGUUUUGCAUGCAGGGCCGUUUGUAGGGGCAGGCAGACAAGGCAUCUGCCUAGGACCAUGCGCUUUUGAUAGUUAUGAAAUUUUGCUUUUUAUUUUUAUACUGUAAAUGAUAAAUUGAUGUUCCUUGUCACAGGUUAACUUACACAUAUAUAAAAAAUGUACCUUCUACUUUGCUCCUAAUAAUCAUAAAAAUAGCACUCCUUGACAAAAAUAGAAAAAAAACAAUUUAAUAAGUAAAAGCCUGGACUAUGUGAUGAGUAAAAUUUCAAAACAAUAUACGAAGAUACAAAAUUUGUGCAUAAUUGAGAACACAUACUAGACAUGAUCUCUUACUUUUCAAGAUUGAUAAGAAUUAUCAAUUCUCAACCUAGAUGCUGUCAAUCUUAAGACACAACUUUAAAUGAUUUAAAUAAUUUUAAGUUGAAACUUGAAAUAAAAAUCGCUCUACAAUUGCCGUUUGCAGAUUUCCCUACCAUCAUUCAUACUUUCAGUGACUCAGUUCAUAAAGACCUUUUCUGCAGAAAGGCUAAGUAUGUGAGCACUGUGAGAGGUCACCCAAACUGAUUCUUCAUGCACUAUCUCAGAUAUAGACGAACUCCAACACAAUUGUGUCACAGUCAUCAUCUUACUAUUCCUUGUGCUUAUUCCUCAAUAUUUCUACCAUUGCACAAAGCCCUAUACACAAAAUGUAUAUCGGCAAAAAACAUCUGGAGUAUAAUGCUUACUUAACGAGGACUGUGCGUUUUUUGCAGUAUGCUUGUGCGGCACAUGUACUUCCGACACUAAUUUCAGCCAUUCAAUUUUUUAAUUUACAUCAGUUUCAUAGCAUUAAAAGUCUGACAAG